AAAACCGCUUGUCUAUUGUUUUGUUGGCAUCUGGACGACCAGUCCUGUUGCUGGAGUCUACUGAAAGAAAUCAUGGCGGAUGAACAAGAAAUUAUGUGCAAACUAGAAAACAUUAAAGAAAUAAGAAACAAGACCAUUCAGAUGGAAAAGAUCAAAUCCAGGCUGAAGAGCGAAUUUGAAGCACUGGAGUCAGAAGAGAAGCACCUGAAGGAGUAUAAGCAGGAGAUGGACCUGCUUCUGCAGGAGAAGAUGGCUCAUGUGGAGGAGCUGAGACUGAUCCAUGCUGACAUCAAUGUGAUGGAGAACACGAUCAAGCAGUCAGAGAACGACCUGAACAAGCUGCUGGAGUCUACGCGACGCCUUCACGAGGAAUACAAGCCCCUGAAGGAGCACGUGGACGCCUUGAGGAUGACUCUUGGCCUGCAAAGGCUGCCGGACCUGUGCGAAGAGGAGGAGAAGCUCUCGCUGGAUUACUUCGAGAAGCAGAAAGCAGAGUGGCAGACAGAACCUCAGGAGCCCCCUAUACCAGAGUCUCUAGCGGCAGCCGCCGCCGCUGCUCAGCAGCUCCAGGUUGCCCGGAAGCAAGAUGCCCGACAGACCGCCACAUUCCGACAGCAGCCUCCACCAAUGAAGGCUUGUCUAUCUUGUCACCAACAAAUCCAUCGCAACGCACCGAUAUGUCCCCUUUGCAAAGCCAAAAGUCGUUCUAGGAAUCCCAAGAAACCAAAGAGGAAGCCAGACGAAUAAAGCGGGACUGAAGUGGCUACUGGUUUGUGAAAUAGGACAGCUCUUUUUCCUUUAUCAUGCCAUACAUUCACAUAUGAUGGAAGCACAAACCUGAAAGUGUAAUUUAAGGAAAAGGGAAUGGCUUUAUAACAGUGCUAACAUUUCAGCUUUCAGAGACACAUGCAGCUUUUGUAUGGGUCAGAAGUGCACCCAGGGAGGUACUAUGAAUAAAUAAAGUCCAGGGGAAGUCAUUGAAUAUACCAGGCAGUGAAACCAGCCAUCUUCCAGUUGUUUGGGUGUGUGCUUCGAAUGUCCAAUGAAACAGUUCGACAGGAGGUUUGUUUUGAAAUGAUUGCUAACAUUUCUCAAAAAAACUGAAAUUACUUCCAAGUUGUGACACAUGACAACAUGAAUGUGACACAAUCACAAAUUUAUUGCAGACUGCUCAUACUAUUUCAAAGAACAACCUUUGGUUGACAAAUGUUGAUUGACUUUUUAUUGGCAUUAAUAACUGGAUCAAGGUAACUCUCUUGAAGGAUAAAACACAUACACAUACAAUAAGCAGGGCAAAAAACCCCAAUUGACAAUUUCUUUUCUGUUAUUUACUAAUGUUAUAAUUGCCAGUAUUCCUUUAUUUUAUUAAACUCCAUGUAUGUUGUCAGUCAGAAGUGUAUCUAGUUAUGGUUUAGAGCAUCGUACUCAGUGUUUAAUUGUAAAGGGGCCAUUGACUGUAUACCAUAAGGAUAGUUGGUUAUAUGUAAUAUGAAUACAUAUGAAUAAUUCUUUUCUAAAAUGCCAAAUUCAUUUAACCACACCUAGAACCAUUCUCUUCUGACAGUGCAUAUUGUGUCAGUGUGAUCCUGGUAACUUAUCUCUUCACGAGAUAUGCAAUUACUAUUGAAAUACCUUUUGCCCAGAUAGAACUCCUGGACGCAUUUUAGUAAGUUAAUGGCAAGUUAAUAUUCCUGAUUUACAUUACAUGAUCUUCAUGAUCUCAGCUAUUUUGUUAUGGUCAAUCUUUGUAUGUCAUCAUCCCUCUGGGUCACUGAUUUACAUUUUUUUCAGAAUAUUAGACACACUAUUAAUUUAAUUUUGAAAUAAACCACAUACUACUGCUUGUUAAUGAGUGUGCUUUCAAAGUGGUCUUGUACUUUUUUCAUUGAAGGAGGAAAUGGGGGAUAUUAAGUGGUCUGUAGGUUUAGUGGCAUAGCUUUAGAGAUCAAUUUUGAAAAAACAGUGAUAUGAAAGCAUUUAUUUGGGAGGUCUUCAGUAACACUA